CAGUUUUUGCUCUUCUUGCUCUCAUCUCUUGCUGUGUGUUGGUUGUUGCCCCGCAGCCCAGGCUCAGUCCAAUCUGCUGGGGAAGUGCAGAAGACCGAGGACAGCCUUCACCAGCCAGCAGUUGUUGGAGUUGGAACACCAGUUCAAGCUGAACAAAUACCUCUCCAGACCGAAACGUUUCGAGGUGGCCACAUCGCUGAUGCUCACAGAGACCCAGGUACAUUCAGUUCAAUA